AUGGCGACCGAAAACAUUUCGCCGUCCGUGAUAAGAAGAAUUACGAAGGAGUUGGCGACCCUAAAAGCACAACCUCCAGAGGGGAUCAGAGUUCUGAUGAACGAACUGAAUGUAUGUGAUGUUCAAGCUUGGAUAUUGGGACCUGAAGGUACCCCGUACGAAGGCGGUUACUUUAGAGUUAAAGUGAUAUUCGGUGCCGAUUUCCCGACCGCUCCUCCAAAAUGUGUUUUCAUUACCAAGAUAUUUCAUCCUAAUGUGUCAAAAUCGGGUGAAGUCUGUGUGGACACGCUGAAAAGGGAUUGGAACAAGGAGUUUGGCAUCGAACACAUUCUCUUGACUAUCAAAUGCCUCUUGAUCGUUCCAAACCCAGAGUCCGCACUCAACGAUGAUGCGGGUAAACUACUUCUGGAUAGCUAUGAGGAUUAUGCGAAGCGGGCACGGAUGAUGACGGGUAUACAUGCUCAAUGUAAACCGACCGUGUUUUCAAACAACAAUGCCACUGCCACAUCCACCUCGUCAACAUCGUCGAGCACCACCACUACAUCAGCCAUCUCAACGUCCUCCUCUCCCCAGAAGAUCGUGACCAUCCAAACAAAGACCCCCAGCACAACCACCGUUGCAUCGACCUAUGCGCCACUAGUUACACCACUCGCCGUUUCAAAAUCAAAGAAUGAGUCGGAAUCGAUUGAAAAUGUUAAAAAGAACACGACAUCCUCUGCCUCCGAUAAUUCGAGCCCCUCCGUUACGCCAAAGAAACGUUCCGGGGAUAAAAAGCUGGAUAAGAAGCAAGCCGACAAAAAACGAAGCUUAAAGAGGCUUUGA